CCAAAAAUAUCCCUUUUUGAAGUGUGUUUUCAAUAUGGCUUCCUCAACAAAAAGUUGCACUAUUUUUAUAAUUCCAAUAGCUUUCUUGUUCUUGUUUGCUUCUUCUUCUUCCUCCUCAGCCCAACAAAAACCUCAGCCUUGCAAACAGUUACUUCUUUACUUUCAUGACUUCAGAUUCAAUGGAAGCAACGCACAGAAUGCCACUUCGGCCAUAGUUGCAGCCCCACAAGGCGCAAACUUGACCACUUUGGCUACUCCCCAAUUUCACUUUGGAGACGUAGUUGUUUUUGACGACCCCAUCACUUCGGACAACAAUCUCUAUUCCGAACUCGUAGGACGCGCUCAAGGGCUUUACAUUUACGACGACAAAAGCGCCUUCAGCGCAUGGUUCGGCUUCACAUUCAAUCUCAACUCUACUGCCUAUCAAGGCACCAUCAGCUUGGUCGGAGCGGACUUGGCCCAGCUGAUGGCCAGAGACAUUUCGGUCAUUGGCGGUACUGGAGACUUCUUCAUGCACCGCGGCAUCGCUACCAUCUUCACUGAUGCCUUGGAAGGACAGGUCUAUUUCCGACUUCGAUUUGACAUCAAAUUCUACGAGUGUUGGUGAUUCGAACAAUAUGCUUGCCUAAGUACCAAUUAAUCAUGAGUACGUAGAUCAUCCUAUUAAACUUUUGAGCCACACAGCUCAAAAAUACACGUUAGAAGUUAGAUCGGUAUGCAGGCAAGUAUUUUUCGUGGUGAUUCAGAAGCUGUUUUUCGAACCCCAUCAAACUUUAAUUAGCUCAGUAAAUGAUUGGUCAAUAAAAUUUAUCAAAGAUCUUGAUGAUCUUUGAUGAGAGUUGUGGUUGGUUUCUUAGGUUCCUUUGGUUGUAUAUGUCUGUGGUUUGUAUGUAUUGAUGCGUAUUUGUUGUAUUUACAUAGAA